GAGAUAUGGUUGUAAUAGCUAAAAUUGGUAGGGAUAUCUACCAAGAUGCGAUUUGGUUUCAAGGUUGUAGUUACCUCAAUACCAGUUGGUGAAAGCCCUUUUAUGUGCACGAUAUCAAGAAUGCAAGGAGACAUCAUGCCAGGAGGAAAGAGCAUGACAUUGUAAGACGUUAACCAAGUUUUCAAAGGAGUAAGCCCUUGAUCCCAGUGCCUCCAUUGUAGAUGAGGGCGAUGAAGCGUUAAGCUUUCUCUGUGAGUAAUAGGGUAGCAUUCAGACAAUACUGGAAGCAUGGUGGAUUUGAAGGUUGGAUCUAGAGCAAAGUUGGCCCCAUGGUCUUCGGAUGGGAUAAGGAUUCGAUCAUCAAUUGAAUUCCAAAUGGCAUAUCUGAGGUUUGUAGAGAACCAAAGAGCAGGAGGCAUGUUUGGAGGGGAGCUAAUAGGAGUAGAUCAUGGCGUCAACUUUGCAGUAGCUGGAAGUACAGCAUUGGACUAUUCUUUCUUCUCCACAAGGGGCAUUUAUAAUCCUGUGACUAAUAAUUCCCUAGGUGAUCAACUUAACUGGUUCAAAUCCCACCUCAGCACCAAUUGCCACUCACUAGCAGCACGUUCGAAAAUGUUUACUAGGGCUCUUGUCUUCUUGGGUGAGAUCGGAGGCAAUGACAUUAACUAUUCUCUUCAGGAAGGAAAAUCCAUUCAAGAGGUUUACUCUUACUUGCCAUAUAUGACAGAGGUCAUCAGUAAUGCUGUUAGAGAAGUUAUACACCUUGGUGCUGUGAAUAUAGUAGUUCCUGGAAAUUUUCCAAUGGGUUGCUUUCCGAUCUUUCUGACAAAAUUCUCUUGUGGUGAUCCGACAACUUAUGAUGAUAUGGGAUGUUUAAGAGAUUUAAAUGAGUUAGUAUUGGCUCAGAACAAGUUUCUUCAGGAGGCUUUGGCCUUGCUUAGGCUUGAAUUUCCUCAUGUUGUCAUAAUUUAUGCCGACUACUAUACAUCUUUCCAAACAAUUCUUCGUCGUGCACCUGAUUUCGGGUUCAACGAACAAUCCCUCUUACAAGCAUGUUGUGGAAUUGGAGGGAUACAUAACUAUGAUGAGGAAAGGGCUUGUGGGCAUCCUGAUGUGCCUGUCUGCCAUAACCCGGUUCAAUACAUAAGUUGGGAUGGAAUCCAUUUGACACAAGAUGCCUACCGUCAUAUCACAGCAAUUCUCAUACACGAUAUCCUUCCCGGAACCAUGGGCAGCCCAAUGACAAUGGAGGCCUAA